CAUUUAGAUACAAAAUUAAUUAAUAUAGUUAUGUAGCAUACAAUAAUCGAUUCAUACAACGUCUAACAAAUAUUCAAGUACAUUGCAAUAUCAUCGUUAUGGGAACUUCAUUUUAUAUGAUAUGUGUUCUUUCUAUGUUUUCAAUUAUUCUUCUAAGAAAUGGAGUAAACGGACAGAACUGUUUGUUUGAUGGAAAUGCAACUUACACUCCACCUGAAAGUUCUUGCUUCCCCAAUGCGACCGCAGAUUGUGUUUACAAUAAAACAUGCCGUGUUGGCUACCAAGGUUCAAAUGAAAAUGUUACAUGCAACAGUACCCAUAUAUGGGAAGAGGAAGCCGAGCUUUGUACAGAAUGUUCAGAACCCAACUAUGGCAAAAACUGUUCUAUGAUCGGCCGUUGCUCCACUGUAAUUUACUGUACAUUUAGCAAGGUGGAUGGAUGUGUUAAAACAUCUGGAAGUAACUCCUGGGCUGAGUGCGAUCUUGGGAACUUAGCCAUCAGCGUUCCUCCUGUUGUUCAUGAAACCAUAAGAAGAGCUGACUCUGUUACUCUGAUAUCUUAUAUCAAUGUUGAUCAGGUUGAUGUCAAUGUAACGGUCACAUUCAAUGAAACAACAUACAACCUGAACGCAUCUGGCGUAGAUUCAGAUUAUGGUCCAAAGUAUAUUCACUCAGUCCCGGUUAACCUGCAAUCAGCUGGAAAAUACACAUUCAGGGCUGUGUCACUUUAUUCGGAAAGCGAAGAAACGGUUGUUUUAAAGAUUUAUGACCCAGUGAAAAUUACCAGAGUAUACAACUCGUUAAAUGUUCAGUUGAACGAAAACACACUAAAUGAAAUUGAACCAGGACAGCAGAAUUUUUCAUGGAUUUGUGAAGCAAGUGGAUUGCCCACCCCGAACGUUACGUGGCUGCUCUCGGGCGUCGAAGUUUCGACUCUAAAUAUAGGAGAUCGAAUAUAUCAAAUUAAAAAUGAAUCAAGCAGUACCCUACACUUUCGCCCUGAAACAGGAGUGCAACCUGAAGAUAGCGGUAUGUACUCGUGCUCAGCAAGCAACAGAGAUGAAUAUGACACAUAUCAAGACAUGCGAUCAAUAGGCUUGGUAGUAAAAGAAUCACCGCCUGAAGAAACUUUCGCAACCAGACAGGAAUUCUUGAUAGCAGUCUGUAUCAUCGGGAUGACGUUGAUCGUCUUAAUCGGCGUGUUCAUAUUUUUUAUCGUAAAAAUCAACAAAAAAUUGAAAACAUCCCCAAAAGAAGCCGAUUACAGAGCUCCGCCGAAUAACUACACCCCAGAACAUCGUCCCGGAGGACAGCGCAGCGACAGUUUUGAUAACUUAGACAACGCACCUCCAAGUCGACAGCAUAACAAUGAAGCCGAUCCACCCUACAUGCCGACACGUCCUCAAGAACCAUUGUCGAACGCAAAUCACGGAAAUCAACGUAGAACUCGGUAUGAACAACCUACACGGAAAACGGAAAUUCCAAAUCUUCCAGGAAAUAGAACAUACAGACCAGACACAAGUUAUAAUCCUCCAGCGUCAUCUCGUGGUCGAAAUAAUGGGGAACACGUCAAUCCAGCCUUUCAGCCACCGGAAAACGACUAUGAUGCUCCAUAUGGAGGUGCAGGUUUGAAUUAUGACCAACCAAGCCAAACUCGUUCUUCAAUGCACCAUGGCGAUAGCGCGGAACAUAUUUAUGAUGAUACUGCUCCAGAAGCCGAUGAUGGACUGUACGCGGAAACAAUGUAGCACUUUGUAUAAAUUACCCAGAACUUGAUUUUAAAACUUCUUUACUUUACUGACAGAAAUGCUAAGAUCCAAUUGAUCUAAUGCAGGGGUCACCAAACUUUUUUGACCGCGGGCCAGUUAUGACUUAAUUUGUGUUGAAACGGGUCGGACAAAUAUUGUUGUCAAUUCAAUACAACAAACUACCAAAAAGUGGGAAUCCAUUCAAUUUAUUCAACAAUAUAAGAUCUACAUUUCUGAAGACUUGAAUAUUGAAUUCUAUCUGUCGCAGAAUAUAGACCGAGAACAUCAUAGCAAAACAAAUAUAUAUACAAGAUUUCUAGAUCUAUACAACGAUCUUGAGGUUAGCUGUCAGCAAAACAUUGCUGUCAAGAAUAUUCGCAUUUAAAACAGCACAAAAGUUGAUAUGACAGGUGAAAUUGGAGCAGUACGCAAGAGAUUACAGUACUAUUCGCGCAAAAUCCACGUUCAAUUUAGCACAAGAAACGUACGCAGCAACAGUUUCACCGAAAGCACCCGCAAUGAGUGUAUGAGUGCAUCUUGCGCAGAAAACGUUGCAUACCGGUAUUUUACCGGAGAAUUUUGGCCUAUUUUAUUACAGCUAUUUUCAGACUAACAUUUGAUUAUUUCUAUUAAACUACAACUCAUGAGAAGGCAAAAUGCUGAUUGAUAUAUUGAUUCAUACCUACAUUUUUGAAACACAACAAAAAACUAACGAAUAGCAUUCGAAAUUGCAAGAACGAAGUAUUGUUUACAACCACGACUAAAAAUUUGGCUAAGCGGAUGCGAAAAGGGAUGCUGUUACGUCAAUUUUCCGCAUCUUGCUGAUUGACUAAUGUUAAGAAAUAAACAAAAAAGUCGAUUCUCGGGAAAAAGUCUUUUGAAAGAAAAUUUUGUCAAUAUUUCGUUUUAUUGCGGGUCGGAUGAAAAGAUGCCACGGGCCGGAUCUGGCUCGCUUUUCAUGAUUUAUUCACAGUUGCUUGUCAGUAAUAGCCAGUGGUGGGCUGAGCUCGUAUAGGUCCACACGAACAGGUUGUUGGAAUUUUGUGAUAAAUAGCAAACCCGAUCCUCUAUCUGAAGGUUAUAAGUUUGCCAUGUUUUUUUUUAUGUUUUUUGACUGAAAAUAUUGUUUAUGAGUUCGAUACUAAGGAGAACCUGCACUUAUAAAUGUACUUAUAGUGGUAGUAAGUAUGUAAAUCUCAAUAGAUUCAAAGUAAAUAAAUCAUGGUUGAGGUUUUUUAGGGCGUAUAAGGGGAAAUAAUUUUUAUAGUUUGCUGAAGUUUUAACAUUUAGGUUCAAACUAAUGGAAUUAUUGCAAAGAGCUUAAUUUACUCAAUAAUGAUUAGCAUUUUAGCUUCAGAUAACUGACCUAAUAUUCCACAGUUGUAUUUUUUACGUAUUUUAUUGUGUUUCCCUAUGUAUAUCUUUAUGCUUUGUAUACCCUUGUAUAUCUAUACUUUGUAUACCCUUGUUCAAUUUGUCCUAAUUCUUGAUGCUUACAAGCAAGGAUAAGCUUUUUUCACAUAUUAAGUUUUGAAAAUAUAAUACAAAUGACGUU